AUGCCCAAGGUGGUUCGUGAUUUGUUAUGGACCGUCACAAGUCCGCACAUACUCAGCGGCGAUCGGUUUCCAGUUUUACCUGCGGAAUUUGGUGUCGAAGCAUUGAACUUCGAUGCGGUUAUCGAUUGGCUGAACGCUUUGGUGGACGACCCAGCGCCGCUGUUGGCAUUUCUACAAGACAAUACGUCAAACGGUCGAUCAUUGGCGCUCGGAGUCUACUUCUCGACUCUACUUGAGUUUUGGCUGCGCUUCUGUCCUCACCUCAGCACGGAGAAGAUGGAGAUUGGUAGACAGAUCGUAUCGUCCACGAACCGAACGGUGGGGCAGCUGAAGUUUCUGUUUCGAUGCAAUUUUCAGAAGGGUGGAAAGCUGCGAGACUUCCACGUCGAGUCGUCGGUCAAAUUCUUCUUGCUCAAUCCUUACGUUCCGCUGGAGCAAUAUGUUGGGCCCCAUCUUGGCGAAAAUCUGGCGUGGCGAGUGCAGGAAGUGGAUCGGAAGUUGGCCAUGCGUCAAGGUGAAAGUGUACGCACGUGGCUGGAGGAGAAUUACAGUGACAGUGUGCAGUCACACAUCGUCCUGCGUGGAUACCUGUUUGAGCCGCUAAGUCAUUUUGUCUCGACAUGGGAGACUUCCAUAGCUCACGAUUGGUGUUUCCAUCGGAAUCCUGCAAGAGUUUCUACCACACAGAAGACGUGUUUGAAUCCGAGCGUUGCAACUGACCACUUGCGAGGAUGGUGGACCACCGACAUGGAAACGGACUUGCCUGCAAAAGUGCGAGCGAAUAACCAGACAACGAUAGGCGAGAGUCGCUUUGUGAUCCUGCCCAAGCUGCACUGGUUGUGUCCUGUAGUUGCUGUGGAGGACAAAACAUCCGGCCAGGUUGUUGUUAAGAGUGAUAACAGGUUGGAUAUCCCAGAAGCGGAAGCACUGACGCUUGAAGCAUUGAUGGCGUUUGUACGGGAACAUUUCCAGAAAGGAAGUCCAUCGACCAAGACGAAUAAAAAUGGCGGGGUAGCGAUGCCGUUGCUAGUGGCGGAAGUUCUCUCUCGAGGGUUCAUUCUUGACCCCAAGUGUUGGGAUCCGUCGCCACUGUGCCAUGAACCUGUUCGUUUCAAACGUACUCUUCGACGGAACGAUGCAACUGGAGCUGGAGAGCGCGAAUAUGGAGCACGUCGCACUGACAGCGCUGACGAGGGUUUUAUCAAGCCAGACGUGAAUGAGGCAGCAGCACAGGAGGAGACAAGACACCAGUUUUCUGAUCCUGCUAGUGUUGGCCCUCGUGAACUUUGUCUGCAGCUUUUGACGGCGUUAAGCGCUGAUGGCGUUGUAUUUACCCACGCUGACUUGAAGAGGUCGACAAGGGAAUUUUUGCUCUGGAGAAAACUGAAUUGUGGCGGCCAUACCCGCCGGAUAGGAUACAUGCUGCUGGACGUCUAUGACGGGCUGAAGCGUGAGUUUGGGUUGCCUGUGAUCCCGACCGGUGGGAGUUCCUCCAUCUCGUACUACGAACGAUCGACCUGA